AUGAACAUGAACAGUCCGGCGAGCCGUUCAAUGAUGGGCGGAGAGACGCCGGCCCACGGAGGUCCAUCCUCGGUACUCGGCGGGCCAUCGUCGAUUCUCACAGGACACGGACCGAAUUCUGUAAUGGGACCGAACUCGAUUUUGGGACCAGGAAGCAUGGUGAAUCCACAGUCGAUUCAGCCGAUGCAAUCACAUCAGAUGCAUAGUCUGCAAGGCUCCUCGAUGCAAAUGCACUCUCAUCUGGCCAACUCUGCCCUAAACCUGAACAUAAAUCCAGCAUCAGUGGGUCCCGGAAAUCCAGGCUCUGUUCUUCAUCACAAUAUGGACAUCAACCCUCCAUCAGUAGCUUAUCAGAAUCUCGCAAUUCCAAUGACCCCACUGGCAUACAAUAACUUCGAAAGGGACACCCUAAUGCAUCCACCAGCAAGUAAUAUCGCCGCCACAAUGGUUCCAGCCACGCCAGCAUCUCAAUUGGAUAUACCGAUGCCAGCACUUCAGAAUAUUGUGUCUACUGUGAAUCUCGGGGUUCCGCUGGACCUGAAAAAGAUUGCCUUGCAUGCCAGAAACGCUGAAUACAAUCCGAAACGUUUCGCAGCGGUUAUCAUGAGAAUCCGAGAGCCCCGAACCACUGCUUUGAUCUUUUCGAGUGGAAAAAUGGUGUGCACAGGGGCGAAAUCGGAGGAAGCCAGUCGUCUAGCGGCCAGAAAAUAUGCUAGAAUUGUACAGAAGCUGGGAUUCCAGGCGAAAUUUACAGAGUUUAUGGUCCAAAACAUGGUUGGCUCCUGCGACGUACGUUUUCCGAUUCAGCUGGAAGGACUCUGCAUCACCCACGCUCAGUUCAGUACCUAUGAGCCUGAACUGUUUCCGGGAUUGAUUUAUCGAAUGGUCAAGCCCAGAGUGGUUUUGCUGAUCUUUGUGUCGGGAAAGGUAGUGAUCACUGGGGCCAAGACGAAGAAGGACAUUGACGACGCGUUCGGACAAAUCUAUCCGAUUCUCAAGGGAUUCAAAAAAUAA